GAGAGAGAGCGACUCGAUUACUGCCCAUCGAUAAACCGCGAGGUGGGUGGGGGCUGUGGGCUGGAAUGUUUGUCAACAAACAGCUCAGCCACCCACCCCCCCCAGGAAACGAGUGUGAAAAACGGAACCAUGGCAAUCCAGGAUCCUUCGAUCAAACUUUUCGAGUCAAACGCAGCCACAGACCCCAGCCGAGAGCAACCGGAAAUUGAAAACAAGGAUUUCAUUUUGUACAUCAUAUAUUUUUCACCGCCACCAUGGACGACAACGAGGACGAGCUGGAGGAGCACCAGGAGGCGGACCUGCUCAGCGACGUGAGCGGCGAGGAGGAGGAGGAGGUCGAGCAGGAAGUCGGCCCCAUGGCCAGUUGGGAGUCCUUUAACGAGCGCAUCGAUGGCAUGAUCUACAAUGAGCACUGCGACAAGUCGGUCAAGAAGCUGGACGAGCGCCGACUGGCUAUUCUCAACCGAGUCCGCCAGCAGUUUCGGGAGGCGCCGAAGGGUGUGGUGGAGCGCUGCCAGGCCCAGAAGUCACCCAUCGACCAGCAGCUGGAGCUGUCCAGCGAGCGCCUGGACGAGCUGGUGCGCUUCGGCAACGAGCUGGUGACCAAUGUCCGGGUUGCCAACGAGCGGCGCGAACUGAAUCGCCGCCUGUUCGAGGCCACGCAAAAGAACCAGGUGCAGGUGAAGCUUCAGCGCGAGAGCAUGGAGACGAUGGCCCGUUUCUCGGACAUAAAGGCCCGCUGGACAGAGCUGGAGGAGAUCAACGAGCCGAUGAUGCUGUGGGACCAGAUCGAGGAGCAGAAGAAGCGCAUCGCCGAAAUUAUGGCCCGAAAGGACGAGAUGAUAGCCUCCUGUCAGGCCGAGGUCGAUCGCAUGAACACCAAAUACGAAUUCGACCGCGGGCGGCAGGCCCAGGACUUGUGCUGUUUGGUGGAGCGCGUGGACCAUCAGGUGGAGACGCUGAAGGAGGCCUACAAGCAGCACCUGCAGAUGCUGCGGCACACCAUCGAGGAGGAGCGCCAGAUCUUCGCCGUGAGCGCCGUGGAGAAGUGGCGCACCUUCUUCGAUGCGAUGAACGCCAACUUCGACGAGAAGGCCAGCCUGGUGAGGGCGCGGGAGCAGUUUUAUGCUCGGCAGACCCAGCAGAUCAACGAGUCGCAGGAGGAGCUGACCAAGAGCACGCGCAUCCGGCUGGAGAAGGAGUGCGAGCGGCUGGAGCUCGAGCUGCGACGCACUCGGGAUAAUGUGCUGAUGAACUCCGAGAAGCUCGACUACAACUACCAGGUGCUGCAGAAGCGCAACGAGGAGAACGUGAUAAUCAACAAUCAGCAGAAGCGACGGGUGGCCAGGCUGCACGAGGCCAUUGGGCGCACCAGACGUGGCCUGAAGAACCUCUAUCUGACCGGGAAGCGGAACAUUGCCCGCCUCUCCUCGGACAUCUACAAGCUCCACGCAAACAUCAACGACAUGGAGUCGAAGGCCCACCAGGCGCGACUCAACAAUCGCGAGAAGUUCGACCGCAUCUGGGAGAUCAACUACCAGGAACUGAAUCUCCUGGUGGACCGCGUCUACCACAUCGAUCGCAUCAUCCACGAGCAGCAACUGGCGAUGCCCUGGAGCCGGCCAGUGGCGCCGAUUCCCAACAUCAACAAGUCGAAGAAGAAGCGGAACAACAUAUUGGAGAAGUUCGACAUGCGGAUAGGCCGGGUGCCCAAAAACCGGGUGGUGAGCAAGUCGGGUCCCAAGCACCGUCCCGACAUCAAGGAGCUGCCGCCAGAAUCGCUCCGCCUGAUGCGCAAUCUCAUUCGCAAGCUGUCCGAUCGCGGCGGAUUCCUGAUCGAGGAGCGCCUGCUGAAGAUCCUGGAGCCCUACUCCGAGGAAGACAAGUGCCUCGUAAGGAUCGACAACAUUUUCGCCGCACUACGCAUCCGUCAUUUGCGGGACGUGAAGGAGCUGACCAAGGUCUUCAUGCCGUACACAUACUGUCCGAACUGCCAGCCCCAGGGCCUGAGUCCCCGGAAGUGCGCCGAGGUGUUCAUGAAGGACCAGAAGCCCAACCGACUGCACAACCAACCAGAAGGGGGUGAACAACAACAGCAGCAGGACAGCGACCGCAACGAGGUCUUUCUCAACAAGCGCGAGGAGGCGGCCAAGAAGUGCCACAACCACUACCUGGUGAUGGAGCCGGCGCUGUGCCUGCACGCCAUGAACCUGUUCACUUCCAAGAUGCACAAGCAGAUGUACGAGCACGAGCCGGGCAGCAACAUGAACGCCGUUAAUCUUAUCCAGAUUUCGGACACCCAGAUCCGCGACUUCUGGCGACAGUUCUCCGCCUGCUUUCCGGCCUCAAAGUGCAAGCUGUGGAAGACCCUGGAGCACGGCCUUAACCACUACGUCGAGGUGCUGAAGAUGCGGGUGCAAUACGAUGCAGAGGUGGUCUUCCUGCGGCGCCAGAACGAGGAGCUGCGCCACCUUCUCCAGAAGUUCACUGUCUAGAUCCGAUCUCCAGCCGGAAACCCAAGCCCACCUGAAAUAUUCCAUUGCUGUUUUACGAAAAAUUAUAAUUGUGCCCUAGUCUGGCUCUUUCAGAUCAUCA